ACGUCUACCUGGCUAAAAGUCUGUCGGAAAAACUGUAUCUGUUCCAGUAUCCUAUUCGUCCAGCUUCGAUGACCUACGAUGAGGUUACUCACCUCUCCGCGAAGAUCAAACCGAAGCAACAAAAGGUUGAACUGGAAAUGGCCAUCGACACGUCAAAUUCCAACUACUGUCGCAGCAAAGGGGAACAGAUUGCCCUCAACGUAGACGGCACGUGUACCGAUGAGACCAACACUUACUCUUCGAAGCUGAUGGACAAACAGACGUUCUGUUCCUCGCAAACCACCAGCAACAUUUCGCGAUACGCUGCUGCUGUCUACAAAAGAGGGGAGCUUCACUUGACUCCGUUGAACGGGAUCCUGCAAAUGCGACCAAGUUUUGCCUACUUGGACAAAGCGGAUGCGAAAUACCGAGAACGUGAAGCUGCCAAUGAGCAUGGUGAUUCUUCUCAGGAUGAGGGUGAGGAAGACGUCAAGCAAAUCACGGUGAGGUUCUCCCGGCCAGAGUCGGAACAGGCCCGCCAACGGCGAGUUCAAUCUUACGAAUUCCUGCAAAAAAGACAAGCAGAAGAGCACUGGGUCCACCUCCAUUAUUACGGUUUGAAGGACAGCCGUUCUGAGCACGAGCGCCAAUAUUUAUUCAGCCAAGGACACAGCAUGGCUGGGAACACAGAAUUAAUUAAAUCGCCAAGUGAAUACUUGAUGAUGCUGGUUCCACCAAGCGUAGAAGAAGAAAAGGAAAAACCGGUAGCGCCAAGCAAUAUGCUGUCGAUGGCUCAGUUGCGGACGCUCCCUUUGGCCGACCAGAUUAAGAUUCUGAUGAAAAAUGUGAAAGUCAUCGCCUUUGCCAGUUUAAUGAGCCUUUUAGCCUCUGGGACAGAUCCGGCUGCAGUUUUGCGAAGCAUCCAGCAGGUGGCGCUGCUAGUCCAGGGGAACUGGGUGGUGAAAAGUGACAUCCUUUACCCCAAAGAUUCCUCCAGCCCACACAGCGGUGUCCCAGCCGAAGUCUUGUGCCGAGGAAGGGAUUUUGUUAUAUGGAAAUUCACGCAGGAUCGGUGGGUGGUACGGAAGGAAGUUGCGGCUGUAACCAAACUGGGUCCAGAAGAUGUGAAAGACUUCCUGGAGCACGUCUCUUUUUUGAGGAUAAACCGAGGCUGGGAAUUUAAGCUCCGCUAUGACGAAGAUUUUGUCAAGAAGCAUCCAGAUGUGGUGCAGAGGCAAAAAAUGCUUUGGAUGGGCAUUCAGGCCAAGUUGGAAAAAGUAUACAACCUAUCCAGGGAGCAGCUGGCUUCAAAGAAAACAGCAGCACAGCCAGCUGCUCCAGUGGUGAUCUCUGGAGAGCAGAGGGUCAACAUGGCCAAGUCCAAAGUCAACCAGAGCUACAGCCAGUUGGACCAAGACCACCGAAAGAGAAAAGCCGAGAACCGGCUGGAGGAGUCUCUUCAUGCGACGGACCUCCUCGGGGUCCAUAUCAAGGAGGAACCAAUGAGCGACGAGGAACCGAUGGAGACCUCGGCCCCCGAGAGCCUCAAUAAUGGACUGGUCAACGGGAUCCAUUUGGAAGAUAGCCUGGACUCCAUCAACGGCCACGUGCCGAUCCCGGAGAGGGUGACGGAGGAACUGCGAGCAUUUGUGGGGGCCACCUUUUUUCCCCCGCAGAUGACAGCGUUGCCCAACGAACAGAAAGUGUUUGCGCUUUGGGAAGCUGGCGAUGUUUACGAUCAGCACCGGCAAAUUUUGCUUGAAAUCUUUUCCAAAAACUACCGUGUGCGUCGAAACGUCAUCCAGAACCGACUGGCCCGGGAGUACGGCGAAGAUCUAGACAAACAGGAGGUGGAUAAAGUUUUGAAGGAUUGUUGUGUAAGUCAAGGAGGCAUGUGGUAUCUCAAAGGGACAGUCCAGCAGCCAAGCUCUUGACGAUGGGAGUCACUUUCAUUGCAUCCUUUUUCGAUCCCAGGAUGGGCAAAAAGAAACCAGAAGGGUAGGAAAGGAAAACAGCUUGAUCCUUUCAAAGCCUUCCAGAUGGAAGACCUACCAGAGGUGGCCCUGCUAGCUGCUUGCAACGGCAUCCAAACCACUAAUCUUGAACGGACAGCGGAUCUGUAUGUCCCCCUAGAUUAAAAUCUGGAUCCCUAAUAUAAAAUAUAUAUAUAUUUCUCAAUCUUACUAGAAGCAACCACGAAAUGAACAAUCCUUAUGGGGGCUGAACUGUCAGCAGAUCAUGAUCUAACGGUUCAUUUUAUAACGAAGGCCAAUAAAUUUCGAGUUUGCAGGAGGA